CGAUGAGACGGUGUGCUCGGAAGUUCGUUCCGAUUGAUAAAUAGAUAUAAUUGGGCACGGUUGUCGCGAGAUUCGACAUCGUAACGAGUCAGUCACGUUUAGCACGUGACGACGAUCUGGUCAAUCUCUCCUCACGAUGUGCUCCUUAAAGUGGUCACGCGAGGUUCGAAAACUUCGUUUAGCGACGAUGUCGAGCGUAUUUUCGAUCGAUCGAAGUAAUCGACACAUUUCCAAUGGGACUACAAAGUGAUAACUUGCUCAAUAAUUAGCGAUCAUAGUCCAUACGAUGCACCCUACAUAUCAUACGUCAUGCGUGAUGAAUUCAGCGAAUACUCUGGUUGUACGUGUCGUUCUUUGACAAAUUUGACGUUGAUGACCUGUCAUGUAUUUCAAAUAAUUCUGAUCGUCGUAGCACGUAUUUGGUAGUGGUCAACGACUGACCCUAGUAUUGGACAAUUCUUAUGGACGUUGCUAUCGAUCCUAUUGGACCAGAAGACGUAGCAGAAACUGUGAAAAGUUUCAUUUGUAAGGCAACAUGGUUGCCGCGCCUGUAUCAGCAUGUCAUAGGUCAAACCGAUGAGAUACUGUUUCGCACUCUGCGACGUGCAGUUAGUGGCGUGUUCUUCGACGAAACACCAACUUUUCUGCCAUUCCAUCUGACUUUGCAUCCUACUACGUUCCGUUAUAUAAUUUCUUCGUGAUCAGAUCCUCCCUCCGCUGCCGGUCCACUUAACGAUCCAAACCCUGAGCAACGAUCUUACAAAUGGCGCGAACAAAUUCGAAGAGGCGGCACUCUGAUCUGUCACAGUUCGAAUCCGUUGUCAGAAUCUCGAGUCUGCCAAUCGUGGAGAACGGUAUACAUAUUGCUGGUAAUGUGUACGAUAGAAUAAAGCGGUCAAAUUCUUUAAUGAGCUGGAGUUUAUACACAGCUGAACAAUCAUUCGCGAUCGCAACGGCAUCGGCAAAACCAGCAAUUUACGCGCUAAACGGAGCCAUCACGACGAUCGAUCAAUUGCUCUGUAAAGGUAUCGACAUCGUCGAAGAAAGAGUACCGGCUGUGCACCUACCUCCCCAUCUUAUAUACUGCAACGCACGGGAAUACGUGAGCAACAAAAUUGUUAGGCCUGUAUUGAUGCGGGCCGGAAGCGUAAAGCAGAUAGGAAGUCAAGCUGCGAACGCUGCGGUAGACACGUUAGACGGUGCUAUAACUGUUGCGGACAAAUACGUUGAUCGUUACUUGCCUGCUGAUCCUACGGAUAAAGUCAUAGAUGAGAAUGCUCCAAUCGAAUCUGUGAGUAAAACUACGCGGACUAUCAAGCAUGGCGCUAGAUUCUCUAGAAAAUUACAAAAGAGAUUGACGCGUCGCACAUUAGCAGAAGCUCGAGCCCUUAAAGAGCAAGGAACAGAAUGCAUUCACGUGCUUUUAUACGUUGUAGAACUGCUAGCGACAGAUCCAAAAUUAGCAUAUCAAAAAGCCAAAGAGUUGUGGGCAACGUUAAGUUUGCCCGAACCAGAGAAUCAAGCUCGACCAGCCACUUUGGAACAAUUGUUAGUUUUACUAACUCGUGAGUCUGCACGCCGUAUUGUCCAUCUUGUAAAUGGCACGUCAACAUUAGCAAGAAGAUCCCCGCGCGAUCUUGGCAGAAUUCUUGUUAACGUUUCUCACCAGCUAAUCACAGUUGCAGAGGCUACGCUUAAGAUGGUACCCGUCAUCGGUAGAAAAGACGCAACGAAAACGCAAUUAUCAGUUUUACAUUCGGCCAUACAAAGGCUCAAUGCAACUACAAACCAUUUAUUGGAGCAGUUCGCAGCUUUCCUAGCUGGUCGUCCAACUGUUUCUAAAGUAACACAAGUCCAGAGCCAUCAACAAAACCACAAUAACCACAUGUCGAUGUCUUCCAAUCCGCCAGUAAAUGGUAUCGAGUAACAAAGUCGCGUUUAAUAGUUGCUUCACAAGAGUGUUUUUUGUUUUUAUUUCAAGGUCAAUGACAACAAGAAAGAUCUCAGAUCGAAAUUUCACGAGCUAAUUGCGUCCAAUAUGCCGCAAUGACACGACUCCAAAACUUUGUAUUCCUCACGUUCGGAUAAAUAAGCAAUUGAUUUCUUUUAUUUUUAUCGACGGCACAGUAUAUCGGUGUCGCAUUAGCCUUCAGUUCUUACGUUUAACACCUAAUUAACAAUGUCUAUUUCUGGUGCACAAAUGUAAUGUUUAGAGGUAAGAAAGUGUAGAAAUAAAGAUUUAUUUUUCCUCCGUUGUA